UAGUAAUCACCAACAAGAGGAGAGAUCACGUGAAGGGGAGCGAUCGCUAGCGCAACGCCACCAAGGCGGCCGCCGCUACGGCCUGGCUAGACUAUUACGUUGGUUUUAGAAUGCCCCUCCGCUGAAGCUCCUCGAAGCUCACCAUCUCAAACACCGUAGCAAACCCAGACAACACCACAUUUUAAAUCACUCACCCUAACGUCCUCCUGCCCUUUAUUAUUUUGAGAUUACAUGCGCGGAUAGCAAUAAUCUUUUAACUUGCUCGCAUACUUUUUCCUCAUAUCACGCAACAAGCCCCACCCUCCAACGUAACUCCUGGCAAACUUCACACAACCCCAAGCUCCGUUGAGCCUACCAACUCACAAUGGAUGAGGCCCAACGAGGCGCAAAGGCUCUUGCGGCCUCUAACUUCCCAGCGGCAAUCGAACUCUAUACGCGCGCCCUCAUCGUCAACCCCCACGCCACAGACUACUACAUCAAACGGUCGACCGCAUACUCACGUCUCCGCGCGGAGGAUGGAGGCCCCAACGGCCAGGCAGCUCUUCAUGAUUCUGAAAUGGCCGUGGCACUGGCUCUGCAGCGUGCGAGACGGGAACAGAUACUAGCUGGCCAAAUUCGCAGGGCUAUUGUUCUCUAUCAGCUAGGGAGAUACGGAGAUGCGCACUUUGUGUUUGAGGUCGUGAGGAGUAAAAUUGGCCCGAGCGUGUCGAAUACCAUGGAGUCUGCGAUGGCGGCAAAUAGUGGCGGCGGUGCCACAUCUGCGAAGACCACGAGUAAAGAGCUGGAUAUUUGGGAAAUUAAGGUAGGGAAUUGGAUGAGGAAAUUGGAGAAGGGCGAUGAGCGGCUGCAGGUUACAGUUAAGGAGUAUCCUGAUAUCAAGGUGCCGGAGGAAGCGAAGCUGAAGGAGGUUUUUCGCAAGCAGCUGGAAGGAGGUGCGGGGAUGUCUACGGGAACUAUGGACGCGAAUAAAGGAUCUAUAGAUAGCAGCAAGGGAGUCUCCGGGCUAGGAAAUCUCGCGCCAUCUUCUACACCUGUGCCAAAGCAGCCGUCUACCGCACCUCCCCCACAAGCUCCCAUUACAACCAAGGUAAGGCAUGAGUGGUAUCAAACACACGAUACGGUGGUCAUAACGCUUUAUGCGAAGGGUGUACCAAAGGAACAAGCGGAUGUUGAUAUCCAGGAAGACUCGCUCUCCGUAACAUUCCCCACGGUGUCUGGCUCAGACUAUUCUUUCAACCUUUACCCCCUAUUUUCACCCGUUGAUUCAACCAGCUCCAAGGCAACUGUGAUGUCUACGAAAAUAGAAAUAAUUCUCCGCAAGAAACAGCCGGGUCAAAAAUGGGGCGGACUAGAAGGGACAUCGCGACAGGGCAGCAAUGUAACUACCAGCUCUACUAUAACACCAACAGCCAUUGUAGCACCACGACCAAACACCGUAACCUCGUCUACCGAUCAGAUUCCCUCAUACCCUACCUCAUCCCGCACGGGUCCUAAAGAUUGGGAUAAAGUAGCCUCAUCCCUAACCAAGAAAAAGAAGAAGAAAGAAUCCAAGGACAAAGAAAACGAAUCUCUGGCAGCCGACAAGGACGCCAAGGAAAGUGUCGACGAUGAGGAUGAAGGUGCUGAGUCCGAUAAUUCAGAUUAUGGGAGUGGGGACCCGGUAGAUUCGUUUUUCAAGAAGUUGUACGCUAAGGCUGACCCUGAUACCCGAAGGGCUAUGGUAAAGAGCUACUACGAGAGCGAGGGGACGGCACUCAGCACGAAUUGGAGCGAGGUAGGGAAAGGCAAGGUGGAGGUUAAGCCGCCCUCGGAUGAUUGAAACUGAAUUACUCAUUGGUUGAUUUGUUCGGUAAUAAUCUCUUGCUCUCUGUCUAUUUAAAUGAAUCAUUGUCAAACCAUGAGCCGACAGACCAAGCCAUCCGCGCGAUGAAGCGAGGGGAAUAACAUAUUCUUUCUCAUUCUUGCAGGCUAGAUUAAGAAAGAUAAAGUUUCUUAUCUUGAUAACUGAUUGAGUAUAAAAGCAGUCAAAGAAUUCAGUCAUUUUAGCUUUCAUAAGAGUGUAUAAAUCUAGAGCAUCUCAUUAUACUGUAUUACAGAUUGUGAUGAAUUCAGCUAUAUCUGCUCAGUUUUCUUUAUUUCUCAGCAGCAGCUAUCUCAGCUUCACUCUCAUAAGUAAUUCAAAUGAAGAGACUAUUACUGAGUAAGUAGCUACUGAGUUCAAAGCUCU